CAUGAAGAGAGUGCGGACACCCCGCAAAGAUCCAGUGGCAAUCGCAAGAGAAUGGAUCAGAAAGAAAACAGAUCCUCCGGGAUUUAAAGAGGAUACUUAUGGAGACAAAGGACGAGGUGUAAAAACCCUGUACAAAAGGAGACAAGGAGACUUCCUUCUCCAAUACAUAGGCCCUUUAGUGUCAAAAGAGGAGGGGGAAAGAAGGGAAACGAAGGAAAGCUCAGGCUAUCGGUUUUUUUUUUCUCACAAUGGGAACCAGUUCUGUGUGGAUGCAACCAAAGAAACAGACUUUCUUGGAAGACUGAUUAAUCAUGGCUCUCAAUCAGGACAGAAUAGUGUUAUGAAAUGCAUCGAUGGGCACCUUUGUUUGUUUUCAACAAGAGAUAUAGAAAUUGGAGAAGAGAUCCUCUAUGAUUAUGGUCUGAAAAAAAGCCAGUUGCCCUGGAAACAGGUACUUAAUUGUGAAGUUAUUUUGUUUUGAAUUGAUGCUAUUCUUACUUGCAUUGAUUGAUUUUAAGCUUAAUCUGCUUUAUUAAGAAGUGUUUUUCAAACUUUGAUGCUGCAUAAUUUAAAAUAAAUUUUGGGAAGGGAGGUCCCUACACCCCCCAUGUACUGUAUGUCAUUCCCCUCCCUCCCCCUUGGAUUUGAGAUUCAGUUUUAGCCAUUAUAUGUUGCCAAAUUAUAUAUAUAUAUAUAUAUAUUAUAUGGACUGUACCUGACAAUUGAUUAAUUAAUUGUGCAAAAAAAUGUACAAUGAUCAUGUGAAAAAAAUAAA